CCUCCGUCCCCCUCGUCGAUCCGCCGCGCACAGUGCAUCCGUGGGCCCUUUCCACCGUUCGCUGCCCGAGCAGCCGCUCUCUUCGAGCAGCUCUUCGUCCGACCCCUUGGGGUCGUGGUCGUGCCGCGCCGAGUCAGCCGCAGACGAGACCGCCCGCGCGCUGGCCCACCGCCUCAUGGACCUCGAUCCUCGGCCAUCUUCUUUUUUUACGUUGCCGAGGAAGAUCCGAGGGAUCGUUAUGGCUCAAGGGGGGCUCAAUUGAUCUACCGCUUGCGCCCGUGCGCUGGUGUUCGGGAUGGUGUCUUGCUUGAACGAAGAUGCGCAUUAUCCUGUGGCGAAUCUCUUCAAGAAGGACGGCUCUUACCUGCAGAGCGACACGGACCCCCAGUUGCUUGUAAGCGUGCCCUUCGCUGAGCCAGUGUGCAUCGCAGGGCUCCGCAUCGAGGCCACAGCUGGAGACGAAGAGGCUCCUGCACGCGUCAAGCUGUUCACCAAUCGCCCUGACAUUGGAUUCGACGAGGCAGAAUCAGAUGAGCCCUUGCAGUCUUUUGAGUUGGCGCUUGCUGAUACGAAGGCUGGGGCACCAGCGCUGGAGCUACGACGUGCGAAGUUCCGCUCGGUGCACUCGCUGCAGCUGUUUGUAGAAGAAAACUAUGGUGCAGAUGUGACACGCCUCACAUACCUUCACAUCUUGGGUGAGGCAAAGCAUAGCGGCUCUGGUGAUGGAUUUGGCUUGCCGAUUCCUGCUGGUUUUAAGCUCGACGCCAUUACGGAGACGCCGCCUUCCUACUUUUCGUGAGAGCGAUCGGCGCGUACCUUGCGCGUUGUAGUGUUCGAAGUCGUUCGUGUUCGCUGGCGGGCAGAAAGA